UCCUUCCAAUCAGCGGAGAGCGACGCGCGUCCUUGCGGAAGUGACGGCAGUUCGAGUCCGGUGGGGGUGGUGGGAGCGAUGAGGGAACUGAGACGGUGGUAGCCGUUGUGUGAAGAUGGAGUUUCCCGGAGGAAAUGACAAUUACCUGACGAUCACAGGGCCCUCGCACCCCUUCCUGUCAGGGGCCGAGACAUUCCAUACACCAAGCUUGGGAGAUGAGGAAUUUGAAAUCCCACCUAUCUCCUUGGAUUCUGAUCCCUCACUGGCUGUCUCAGAUGUGGUUGGCCACUUUGAUGACCUGGCAGACCCCUCCUCCUCUCAGGAUGGCAGCUUUUCAGCCCAAUAUGGGGUCCAGACAUUGGACAUGCCUGUGGGCAUGACCCAUGGCUUGAUGGAGCAGGGCGGGGGGCUCCUGAGUGGGGGCUUGACCAUGGACUUGGACCAUUCUAUAGGAACUCAGUAUAGUGCCAACCCACCUGUUACAAUUGAUGUACCAAUGACAGACAUGACAUCUGGCUUGAUGGGGCAUAGCCAGUUGACCACCAUUGAUCAGUCAGAACUGAGUUCUCAACUUGGUUUGAGCUUAGGGGGUGGCACCAUCCUGCCACCUGCCCAGUCACCUGAGGAUCGUCUUUCAACCACCCCUUCACCUACUAGUUCACUUCAUGAGGAUGGUGUUGAGGAUUUCCGGAGGCAACUUCCCAGCCAGAAGACAGUUGUGGUGGAAGCAGGAAAAAAGCAGAAGGCCCCAAAGAAGAGAAAAAAGAAAGACCCUAACGAGCCUCAGAAGCCAGUUUCAGCAUAUGCUUUAUUCUUUCGUGAUACACAGGCUGCCAUCAAGGGACAGAAUCCCAAUGCCACUUUUGGGGAGGUGUCAAAAAUUGUGGCCUCCAUGUGGGAUAGUCUUGGAGAGGAGCAAAAACAGGUGUAUAAGAGGAAAACUGAAGCUGCCAAGAAAGAGUAUCUGAAGGCUCUGGCUGCAUAUAAAGACAAUCAAGAGUGUCAGGCCACUGUGGAAGCAGUAGAAUUGGAUCCAGUGCCACCAUCACAGACUCCUUCUCCACCUCCUAUGGCUACUGUUGACCCAGCAUCUCCAGCACCAGCCUCAACAGAGCCCCCUGCCCUGUCCCCUUCCAUUGUUGUUAACUCCACUCUUUCCUCCUAUGUGGCAAACCAGGCAUCUUCUGGGGCUGGCGGUCAGCCCAAUAUCACCAAGUUGAUUAUUACCAAACAGAUGUUGCCCUCUUCUAUUACUAUGUCUCAAGGAGGGAUGGUUACCGUUAUCCCAGCCACAGUGGUGACCUCCCGGGGGAUCCAGCUAGGCCAAACCAGUACAGCCACUAUCCAGCCCAGUCAACAAGCCCAAAUUGUCACUCGCUCGGUGUUGCAGGCAGCGGCAGCAGCUGCUGCUUCCAUGCAACUACCGCCACCCCGCUUACAACCCCCUCCCCUGCAACAGAUGCCUCAGCCCCCCACUCAGCAGCAAGUGACCAUUCUGCAGCAGCCUCCCCCACUUCAGGCCAUGCAACAGCCUCCACCUCAGAAAGUUCGAAUCAAUUUACAGCAACAGCCACCUCCUCUGCAGAUCAAGAUUGUCCCCCCACCCACUCUGAAAAUGCAGACAACCUUAGUCCCACCAGCUGUGGAAAGUAGUCCUGAGCGGCCUGUGAACAACAGCCCUGAGGCCCAUACAGUGGAGGAGACCUCUCCUGAGACAAUCUGUGAGAUGAUCACAGAUGUAGUUCCUGAGGUUGAGUCUCCUUCUCAAAUGGAUGUUGAAUUGGUGAGUGGGUCUCCUGUGACACUCUCACCCCAGCCUCGAUGUGUGAGGUCUGGCUGCGAGAACCCUCCAGUUGUGAGUAAGGACUGGGACAAUGAGUACUGCAGCAGUGAAUGUGUGGUGAAGCACUGCAGGGAUGUCUUCUUGGCCUGGGUGGCCUCUAGAAAUUCCAACACAGUGGUGUUUGUGAAGUAACUCUUCCUGUUCUCCAAGCCAGUCAAGACUUCUCCGUGGGGAACCUGUCUAAGAGCCUCUUUCUAAAAAACAAGCUGGGCUUCUGGUAGUGCCUGAUUUUAACUGAUGGUCCUUCAUGCUUCUCCCCUUUUCUGUCUCUUCAGUAGGGGCCAUACCGUGGAGCAAGGCCACUGAGUUUGCUGUAAUCUGGAAUUGCUUUUUACUUUCAAGUACAGGCAGAGAUACCAGUGAUAAUAGCAGAGGAAAGGGUGAAGGGAAUAUGAAUAAGCAGAACAUGGGGGUGGUGCUGGUGGGGGGCUGUUUGAGGAAACUCAGGAUAAUGGUCAUAGGACAUGCCUGAACAAUUAUUAAAAUGAUGGGAGAAUAUUCAGCUUUGAGCCUAGGCUAAAACACCGUGUGCAUCCACUUUAAAGGGGAUAAAAAGUUGCAUUAAAGGUUAUCUCUUAAACAGGAACGAUUGCUAUCACACCUAUACAUUGCUCUGAGAACAAAAGUUUUCAAAAGAGCAGGCACCCUGGGCUAUAGGGAAAAUACCAUCACCUGGGAGUUUCUUAUUUAUUUCUCUUUACAAAUAAUGUUAUUUCUUUAGUCCGUGAUUCUCCUCCUUGCACUUACCACAGUUUAUAAGUGUAAAAGGCAGGAGUCUAUAUCCUUAAUAUAAGAGGUUUUACCAAAGUCUAAA